GGAAAAAAGGAGGGGUUGGUUGUCAGCUUUGGGGUUCACCGCUUUCCACUUUGGGGGAUAAUUAGGCCCCACCACUCAGGAUUUCGCGCGCGCGCGCAAUUUACUGCCGGGGGUUUGAGAAUUAUGGGAUUUGGUGACCCCGCGAUGCGCCUGUGGAAAUAGCUUCAGAUUUGCGACAGCUGAGAAUUUCUUUUUGUUUCCGGUUGGAAAAAAGACAGCAGAGAAGAAGAAACAAAAUGGCCGAGUCUAAGCCUGCACAUCUUGAGCCUUCCAAGUUGGGGACAAAAGCUUACUGGGACGCCCUCUACACAACCGAGCUGACAACCCACACCUCCGACCCCUCGCUAGAGGGCACAGUCUGGUUCGACGACUCGGACGCCGAGGCCAAGAUCUUGUCCUACCUCUCCCCCAACCGCGACGACUCGGACUCUGACAACGAAGACGACGACCACCCCCCCAACCCGCACCCGCACGACCUCACCCCCAGCACAGCCUCCAUCCUAGACCUAGGCUGCGGCAACGGGUCCCUCCUCUUCUCCCUCCGCGACGACGGCUGGUCCGGCCACCUGUUGGGAGUCGACUACUCCCCCCACUCCAUCUCCCUCGCCAAAUCCAUCGCCCAGUCCCGCGAGAAUGAAGAUCUCAAGAGUGUAGAGUUCAAAGUCUGGGACGUCCUAAACGGCGACAUCCCCUCCAUCUCCCCCCCAACCGGCUGGGACCUCGUCCUCGACAAAGGCACCUUCGACGCCGUCUCCCUCUCCUCCGAAACCGACUCCCUCGGCCGCAGGAUCAACGAGGGCUACGGCGAGCGCGUCCUCCAGCUCCUCAAGACGGGCGGCGUCUUCCUCGUCACGUCCUGCAACUGGACCGAGACCGAACUCCGCACCUGGUUCGAGACCUCGACCGCCCCAAACGACGGAAAGACCAAACUGAAAAUGGCAGGCAGGGUAGACUACCCUAGUUUCAGCUUUGGGGGUGUCAAAGGGCAGACCAUCUCGACGCUGUGUUUUGAAAAGGUCGUUGUUGAGUAGAGACCAACAUUAAACGACAAAAA